AUGUGUUGCCCCUUUUUCAGAGUUAGCGAGAACUAUGCCCAAAGUAUCCUGAGAGAGAAGCAAGUCCCAGGGGGGUACUUUGUUCUUCUUUUAGCGGCUGUGUGUUUUGUGCUGAUGUUUUCGGUAGCUCGACAAAGAGUUGAAGAUGGUGCAUUGAUGUUGCACAGGCUUGACAUGAGGCUAGACGAAGAGCUUGUGAUGUCUACGUUCUCUUACCAAAAAGGUAAUGACCGUGGUUUCAACUUAGCUUGA